AUCAGAUUUAAUGCAAUCCCUUUUCCGAUUAAUAAUGCAAAUUCCUGUGAUAACGAACAGAAGGGACUUUUUAGUGUUUUUGAUUAACAGUUCAAAGUUUUUUUUUUCCCUAUAAAUACCUGCAAUCACAAUAAUGUUGCACACUGGUGCACUGCAGUCUACAACAUGCGCGUCUUUGUUCUACUAGCUCUCUACUUAGCGGCUGUUACAGCCGUCCCUUCUAAUCCCCAAAGAAUAGUCGGCGGUUCUGUGCCGCCUAAUUUUAGUCCUUCUUAUCCUAGCAUCGCCUCACUCUUAUUCACAUGGAAUUGGAGUACAUACGUUCAAACUUGUGCUGGCACCAUCAUCAACAACCGUGCCGUCCUUACCGCUGCUCACUGCGUAUAUGCUGAUGAAGCCGGUAGAUGGCGCAUUCGUGUUGGGGCCACCUGGUCCAACAGUGGUGGUAUCGUUCACAACGUCAACGCUAACAUCGUUCACGGCGGAUUCAACUAUCAAACUAUGGAAAAUAACCUAGCUAUCCUGCGCUCUGCUUCAACAUUCUCCUUCAACCAUAAUGUGCGCAAUGCUCCCAUCGCUGGCGUUAACUACGUUAUUCCUGAAAACGAUUUUGUCGUGGCUGCUGGAUGGGGUGACACUUACUAUGGUUCUAAUGCUGGGUCUGCGCAGCUCCUUCACGUUGUGCUCGUGCUUAUUAACCAUGACACUUGUAGCUAUAACUAUGCUGGUCAAGGAAUGACUAUUACCGGCGAAAUGUUGUGCGCUGGUUGGCCGACCGGUGGUCGUGGUCAGUGCCGCGGUGAUGAUGGCGGUCCUCUCUUCCACAACGAUGUCCUUGUCGGCGUCUACUCUUUCGGGUUUGAAUGCGGCUUACCUGAUUUUCCUGGAGUCAACGUUCGCGUUAGUAGAUACACAUCUUGGAUUUCUUCUAAUGCUUAAGAUUGUAUACAAAUCUUUGUGUUUUGCAUUUAUUAAAUACACGAAUGUACUCUAUGUUUUUUUAUAUGUAAUAAAUAUUUUUACAUUUUA